AUGACGUGUCACCCCUGUCUAGGCUUGAGAACCGAGAGGGUGCAGGCAAUGGGCCAGAGUUAUUUGGAUUACUCCCACUCUCUCAGCCAAAACUACCAGACUGAUGACCGGAAGGUGGGUAGUUGGGACACUCAAGCUGUUCUUGGCUGGGGCCAUCCUGUGGGAAGACAAUGGCCACAGAGAAGAUGGAAAAAGUCUCUUGAGUUUAUCAAGUCUAGGCUCCAACUCAUUACAAAAAGUGGAAAGUUGGUAGUAUCUGCUGGGGUACAGCAGACUCUGAAGAUGAUCAGACAAGGCAAAGUGAAAUUGAUCAUCCUUGCCAACAACUGCCCAGCUUUGAGGAAGUCUGAAAUAGAGCACUGUAUCAUGUUGGCCAAAACUGGUGUCCAUUACUACAGUGGCAAUAAUAUUGACUUGGGCACAGCAUGUGGAAAAUACUACAGAGUGUACACACUGACCGUCAUUGAUCCAGGUGAGUCUCGUAUUAGAAGCAUGCCGGAACAGACCAGUGAAAAGUAA